AUGCAAUUGCAAAUACAUAUGCACGGCUUCCUCAUCUCUUCGGAGUGGCGUACCGCUCCCCUCUUGCUCUACUUCCAACCCCAUUGCUCCUAUCCGUUAUCAUCAUCAUCUUCUUCUAGAAUCAGAAACCCUAACCUUACCCUAACAACAGCAGUCCCGUUAAUAUCAUCGUCCCAAGCCUUGCCUGCAUCUUCAAAACCUUCUCUCUUUAAAUUCAGAUCGUCCCCGAAUUCUCCUGACCUCCUCGUCGCCACUGCUUUAUUCGACGAAGACGAAGACGAUGCUUCCUCUGCCUCUAUAAACAGGGAUGUCAGCGACAUUGAAAUUGAGAUAGAAAAGAUCGGCAAUAACCGUCGCCGGAUCCGAUCCCAGAUUGUCGUGCAGGCAAGUCUUCAAACCGUCUGGGACGUCUUGACCAAUUACGAGAGGCUGGCCGACUUCGUCCCUGGCCUCGCCGUCAGCCAACUGCUUGAAAAGAGACACAACUUUGCCCGUCUUUUUCAGAUUGGACAGCAGAAUUUGGCAUUUGGGCUGAAAUUUAAUGCUAAAGGAAUUAUUGAUUGUUUUGAAAAAGAUCUUGAAACUCUUCCUUUCGGUCAAAGGCGUAAUAUUGAGUUUAAGAUGAUUGAAGGUGACUUUCAACUCUUUGAAGGAAGGUGGUCAAUUGAAGAGAGAUGGGGUUCACUGACUGGUCGCCAGUGGGAUGACAUUAAGUGUGCAUGGGCGGUGGAAUGA